CGCUCUUUCGUCGAGAAGGCGAGAUCGUCCGCGACUGCCUUGCGGGACAUUUUGCACUUCGUGUUUUUCGGGGGAGUUCAGAUUCGAGGAUUAGUGCGCAGUGUUGAUUGUUGACGAGGAAAGGGAAGAGGCAGGAUGGCCGCAGCUCUGAGCAUCAGAAGAGGAAACGCACGUCUUCCCCCUGAAGUGAAUCGGGUGCUGUACGUGAGAAAUUUGCCGUUUAAUAUUUCGUCAGAGGAGAUGUACGACAUCUUUGGGAAGUAUGGAGCCAUUCGACAAAUUCGUAUCGGCGACAACAAGGACACCCGUGGAACGGCUUUCGUCGUGUAUGAGGACAUCUACGAUGCGAAGAACGCCGUCGACCAUCUUUCUGGUUUCAAUGUCGCAAAUCGUUAUCUGAUUGUUCUGUACUACCAGCAAGCGAAGAUGUCGAAGAAGAUCGAUCAGCGGAAGAAGGAGGAGGAGCUGACAAAAUUGCAGGAGAAAUAUGGUGUCUCGACCAAGGAAAAAUAAGCAUUCGGAUCAGAUUACAUUUUGUAAGAUAAUUUAGCUUGAAGAUCAAACUAGGCUCGACACAGGAUACUUUGACUUCGCCUCUUGGGACUAAGAUAAUGAUCAAAGUAGUCCCUUUUAGGCCUUUCUAAAUGAGGUUAGUUGUGAAGUAGCAGGGUGAAGAACAGAAGAGGGUGCGAAUGUUUGCAUGUACCAUAUGAAUUUUUAGAGAACGCCUCGGACUAACUAUAGCUUGUGAAAUCAUAUAAGUGGCCAGAAUGGACGAUUAUAUUGUCAUGAGUACCUUCAGAGAAACCGCAAGAUCUCUUUCCAGUUGUUUAUGAUUUCGUAUGAUUAUGAUUGUGAUAGUAGACCCAACGUGUGGUAUAUUGAAACAGUUGUCUUAAUUCGCAACACUGUCACUGUGGUGAAUUUUUAGCCAAUGAACAUCGCUUCAGAAAAUGUGGAAGAAAUACUCGU